UGACGAUGACGAUGACGUUGAACCACACUCCGUCCCCCGCCUUCGGGAAGUACCGAAACAUAAAGCGCCGCAAGAGGCGUAUCCAGCAAGUUGCGCCGUACCCUGUGACCGGAAGUUCCGCUUGGCUCCUACCCAGUAGGUGGGUGGAGCAUGAAGAAGAACAAGCCGCGGUCCUAGUCAAGGGUUUCUUCCCUUGGCGGGACAGCUCCGCUUCUGUGCCCGCUGCGGAUCAAGAACGGAUGGAAACAAAAGACACUGGCUCUGAUCACGAGGAACCAAUGGAGGUGGAGCCUGGACUUGAUCAGAAGUUCUCUGUAGUUUCCAAACGCCUCUGGUUAAAUGUUGGCGUUUCUGUUUCCUGCUGUGAGGAUGAGCAAAUGCGUGAUUAUGUGGCUGCCACACCAGGAGGCGAUGCAGCGAUUCUGGCAAUCCGGAACUUGAUCAACGUUUUGUGUUCCUCGGCUGGGGGACACACAAAUCUGGAAAUCUUGAUGUCGAUAGGCUAUACCUCCAUCGCAGCUCAGGUGGAAGAGGAAUGCUGCAAGUCCAUCAAACAGCAGAGGAGGAGAAAAGAGGCCUUGCAGAAUAUAUCAAGGACAGUGAAGAAGAUGCACUUCAAAUGGUCAAUAAUGCGAAAUUAUUCAACACCAAUGAAACAAAGCAGGCCUACAAGAAAGAACAAGUCAAGAACUGAGCAGAAAAAUGGAGAAAUAAGCCACUGCAUGGUCAAUAUUUGCACAAUAAAAGUGGAAAAUGAGACAUCACCAAGACCUGGCAAUGGCUUAAGAAUGGCAACUUGAAGAAAGAAACAGAGGGUUUAAUACUGGCUGCACAAGAACAGGCACUAAGAACAAAUGCAAUAAGAGCAAAAGUCAAAAAAUCAAUCACAAACAGCAAGUGCCGCCUUUGUAAAGAAGCAGAUGAUACCGUGGACCACCUAAUCAGCUGUUGUCAAAAGAUUGCACAGACUGACUAAAAACAAAGGCAUGACAAAGUAGCAGAGAUGAUACACUGGAACAUCUGCAAAAAAUACAAGCUACCUGUAGCCAAAAAUUGGUGGGACCAUAAAAUUGAAAAAGUUGAAGAAAAUGAAGAUGUAAAAAUAUUAUGGGACUUCCGACUACAAACAGACAAACAUCUGCCACACAAUACACCAGAUAUAAUUGUAGUCGAGAAGAAAGAAAAACAAGUUAAAAUAAUCGACAUAGCAAUACCAGGGGAUAGCAGAACAGAAGAAAAAGAAAUAGAAAAAAUUACCAAAUACAAAGAUCUACAACUUGAAAUUGAAAGGCUGUGGCAGAAAAAGACCAAAAUAAUCCCAGUGGUAAUUGGUGCCCUAGGUGCAGUUCCAAAAGACCUUGAAGAGCACCUCGACACCAUAGGGGCCACAGAAAUCACCAUCAGCCAGUUACAAAAAGCAGCUUUACUGGGAACAGCCUAUAUUCUGCAACGAUAUCUAUAACAAUUGACAAUAAAAUUCUGGCAUCCCAGGUCCUUGGGAAGGACUCGAUGUCUGGAUAAAACAAACCAGUCAAUAACACCUGUCUGACUGUGUAAACAAGAGAUAAUAAUAAACACCAUUAGAUUCCUUCCUUCAA